CUCUUCUUCUCACGACACCUUUCUUUUUUCUUUUUCUUUUUUUAAGGCAGCAGUCUUUUUCCUUUUUGCCACCUUUUCCCCUCUUCUCUUCUCUCUCUUCACAUUCCCUUUUUCUUUCCAAAACAACGACAACGCCCGCGAUAUAAUAAUACCUUAUAUUUCUUCUUUUUUUUCCUUUUUACCUCCAACAAUGGAUCCCACAAAACACCAGCAGCAUCCGGUGCUCGACACCCUGGAACAGACCCGGAUGAGCCAGCACGAAGGACCCUUCCCACACUCUGCGACCGCGACCCGAGGAGGAGGAGGAGGAGGACUCCACCCGCUCGACGGCGUUGGCACCGAUGUCGUCGACCAGAUCCUGCAACAAUCCGAGGCCGUUCCCUUGACCAAGACAUCGACACCCGAACGACCCCAAGAGUCUCAUAGGAGGAAACCAUCGUCCGACGACUACCCUGUGUCCAUGAGCCCAUCAUCUUCACCCACGCAAUCCAAAGUCACACUCGACCCCACUACCGUCGAGUCUUCUUCAAGGGACAAGAACAUGAAGGAGACCAAGGCGGCGGUGGCGGGGACGAACUUGAGUCCGACGCUGAGUGGUAUGACGACGGCGACGACGGCGACGCAAGCGGAUCGGAGCUGGCAGUCACUGGCGAGCAUGAGUUCGAACCAGCUCCCCUCAAAGGCGAUUAUGGAUUCGAUGGAGAGGGGUGGCGCAGGCACGGGUGCGGGACAUGAGUACGAGCAUGAUAAGCCGUCGGUCUUGCCGGAGAUCCUUCCGGGGUUCAAGGGCCGUAUGGCGGAUAUUCAUCAUGCGACGUUUAAGAGUGUUGCGGAGGGAUCACAUCCGAGCAGUGGCGGUAAUGUGCUUGGAAACGAUGGUGGGGAUGGAAACGGUAAGGGACUUUUUUUUUUUUUAUAAUAACAUAACGUAAUGUGGGGUUGAUGAAAAACGACACUAUGGGUGUCAAGGUGCCAUGAUCAGUAGCAGCAGCAUCAGCAUCAACAGCAUCAGCAUCAACAGCAUCAGCACCAUCAUCAUCAGCAACAGCAGCAGUGACGGAACCGAAAAAUGGCGGCAAACCAUAAAUUAACAAGAAGCAUCUUUAUGUCUUUCAAAUCCAUCCGCCAC